GCAUGUGCAUGACACUGUUCAAAGCAGCAUGAUUUUUGCUUCCCAGGUAGCUGCUGCUACUGCUUCAUUGUACGAGAGGUCUUGGCUUGAAGAGAAAAUUAAGAUGUUAAGGGAUACACGGCCACUUACUGCAUAUCAACGAGCUGUAGAACAUGAACACAUAUCUAGGAGAGCUGAUGAGGAGCUGCUGAAACGUUCUGACUAUAGACCUGUAAUUGAACAUGAUGGGGUACUCUGGCAACAGGCACAUAGCGAGGAGCCAAAUAGAGCAAAAACAAGAGAAGAGUUGCUGGCUGAGGAAAGAGAUUAUAAACGACGUAGAAUGUCUUACCGUGGCAAAAAGAUGAAACGAACAACAACGCAGGUGAUGAGAGAUAUAAUAGAUGAAUUCAUGGAUAAAAUUAAGCAAGCCAGUGGUCAUAGUUUUCCAAAAGAUGGUGAAAACACAGAAGCAAGGGCUUUCGAAGGUUCUUCUCUGCACAACAGUUCUUCAGAUACUCUUAAGCCUAGGAAAAGUGAAACAAAACUUGAGCUGAUCAGAAAUGAACAACAUGUUUAUGGAGCAUCUUUACAUUCUAAUCAUGCUCAUGGAUCCAUACAUUCUGAAGAUAAGUAUAUUGAACAUUAUAAGCAACACAAACGUACUUCUCAGCGGCAUGGUGAAAGUUUAGAUGACAACAGAAGUACUAAAAGGUCAAGACAUGACAGAGAGAGUUAUUCCAGAAGCCCAGAUCGACAGCGAAGUGGCUACCAUUUGCAUGGUUAUACAAGGAAUAGAGGGAGCCGAGAUGAUCCUGAAAGUUCUAGGGCAGCUAUCUCCAGAAGCUCAGAUACAAGUCGCAGCAAGUCAACUGAGCGAAAGACUCGCCGAAGAGAGGAUGAUGGGCGUAAUUCAGAACUUAGAAAUAGAGACAGAAGGAAGAAGCACAAUGAUAUCACAUCGGGUUCAGAGUUUGAGGACAGAUAUAAUCCCUUGGAAUCGCAUGAUGAUUAUGAUGAUGAUGCUUAAACCUUGCAGCUAUUUUAUUGAUUCACAUCUGCAAUGCUUGGAUAAUUUGAAGCAGUUCAAUGUCUUCCAUGAUGGCUUUCCUGAACUAUCUUUGAGAUAUUGAGUGGCUCUCUUGGUAAUUUGGUGUUGCAGUUUGUCCACUCCUGUAUCCUCUUCUGUAUCCUUAGUUGUUAAAAGCUUUCUGGACAUCAAUUUUCUUCUGAAUGCAUGGCUUUAGUGUUUCCACAUGCAUUAAAGCAAAUAUUGUAUUUCCUUGCUUCUUGGUCUGUGCGUUCUGUUCAUUUGUGCGUGCUCAUCUGUCAUAUCUAUUUAUCUCAGUAUGACAUGCUUCUGCUAUUGUGAAUUUGGCUAAUUACAGGUUGGCAAUACCUUUAGUUGGAUGAAAAGGUGCAGAGUAUUGUGUGCGCUAUGAAUGUGUAGCAUUAGCAUGCUGGUUUCUGAGGUUUGUAGGGGAAGGAAGAAAGUGAGGUCUUUCUUCUAAGCAAGCAAAGCUUGCAUGGUUUGCGCUACUUGUUUAUCAUUGUCUUGCCAUCCUUGAUUGGUUGCAUGAUGUUUACCAGCCUUGUUGUAUUUACUGCAAAGAUCUUGAUUGUAUAUUUAAAAGUUCUGAGCCUCAUUUAGAUCCUUAGGU